CAGCUCUCUGUUGUUGCCAGGCGCUGUUGGGUCACUGCGUGGGAAGUGCUGAAAUUUCACAGCGUCACAGCUUUCGACACCAUCGCGGCAGCUCGGCUUCAGACUUCAGCUUAGAUUGUUCUGUGAACUGAGUCAGCUUGAGGAGCUUAAAGGAGUUGAACAAAGUGAGAUCAUUAAAGCUGAAGAAAAACGCCGGCUCGCUACUUACAACAACUCGGAUCGCUCAUCGCUUCCCUGUGACUUUGUUUAUUCAUCUACAAGAUCUGUCAUCUUCUACUUUAGCAGCUAACACAGCUAGCUUAGCACUCAUCCAGCCAGUGUGGGCCAUUAGCAGCCACUGUCGGCUCACGUCGCCGGGGUAUCAAUCGCUGUGAUUUCACACCAAAGUCAACUAAAUGAUUAUGGAGAGGAAGAGGAUCGACUGCCCGGCUCUUCCUCCGGGCUGGAAGAAAGAAGAAGUGAUCCGGAAGUCUGGACUCAGCGCUGGCAAGAGUGAUGUUUAUUAUUACAGUCCAUCAGGGAAGAAGUUCAGAAGCAAACCUCAGCUGUCUCGGUACCUCGGCAACACGGUGGACUUGGGAUGCUUCGACUUCCGCACGGGAAAGAUGAUGCCCAGCAAAAUCCAGAAAAACAAACAGAGGCUUCGCAGCGAACAUCUCAGUCUGUCCAAGGGAAAACCGGACCUGAACACAGCCCUGCCGAUCCGACAGACAGCCUCCAUCUUCAAACAGCCCGUCACCAAAGUGGUCAACCAUCCCAACAACAAAGUCAAGACAGAUCUCCAGCGAGCGACCGAACAGCCUCGGCAGCUGUUUUGGGAGCGGAGGUUGAAAGGUUUGAGGUCGUCCGACGUCACAGAAGAAGUUCUCAGGUCUAUGGAGCUUCCUAAAGGUUUACAAAGUGUAGGUCCGGAUUCGUCAGACGAGACGUUGCUGUCGGCCAUAGCCAGCGCUUUACACAUGACUUCAGGCCCUAUCACGGGUCAGACAUCGACGGCAGCAGAAAAAAAUCCCGCUAUCUGGCUGAACACCUCCCAGCCGCUCUGCAAAUCCUUCAUCGUCACUGACGAUGACAUCAGGGAGCAGGAGCUGAAAGUGUACCAGGCCAGGAGGAGUCUGGAGGAGGCUCUGAUGGCUGACAGUUUGGCGCGGGCCACCGAAUCUGCUAGAGACGUGGAAGGCAGAGCGGCGUAGAGACUCCAGCAGAAGAACGCACUGAAUCCAGGCGGUGACGACCCUCCAUUGACGACCCCUUCCCUCAGAGAUGAUGUCAUAAUUCUGCGCCGGGACCCGUCCCGCAGACCCAAGCACACUUUACAGACUCACGGACAGCUUUCGACCAAGACCGUUCCUUUUUAUUUCCUUUUCUUUCCUUUUUUUUUUUUUUUUUUUUUUAAAUCUAGAGCAUAUAUUUUUGUGUACAUAUCUAUAUGAAUCAGAAUUAUUUUUUUGUGCAAAACAAACAAACUUUUUUUUUCUACAGGAACUCAGUGAGCAAUACUUCUGAAAAAAAAAAAAAAAAACUUAGUCAGGUUGCAAUCUGCUGGAUUUGUAUUGCUAACUUUUUUCCCCCCGGUCUCUGACACUUGACGAAGGGAUUCGAUCUUUUUUCAGGGUUUGUAAUAAAUAAUGCAUUUACAUAACUAUUAAUGAGACCUCGCUUAUUUAAGAGAAAUAAUUUUAUACCUUGGAAUAAAAAAAAAAUACCUGUACAUUUUGUGCAUCAUAAUAGAAUAAAUAAAUAAUAAUGUUCACA